CAAAGAUACCCAUCAAAAGUGUAUCAUCUAAACAAGUUGAGAUAUUUUUCACCUCUUUGGUUAUUAAAAAAAAAAAAAGAACACAAUGGUUGAGGCUAUUGUUACCUUUGCCAUUGAAAGAAUUGCUGAUGCCGUUGUUCGUGAAGCAAGCUCACUUUAUGGCGUGCGGCAGGGAGUUGAGCAGUUGCAAACUGAACUGAAGCGGAUUCGGUGCUUCUUGAAAGAUGCAGAUAGCAAGCAAGACCAAGAUGAGCGCGUUCGCAAUUGCAUAGCUGAAAUCAGAGACAUCGCAUACGAGGCAGAGGACAUCAUUGAUACCUUUAUUCUCAAAGCUGAAACAGGAUCUAGAAAAAGAGUUUGGAGACUCAUCAAGAGGGUUACUUCCAUGGUCAUUAAGGUUCCUUAUCUCCAUGAAAUUGGAAACCAGAUCAAAUCUAUCCAAGAUAAGAUUGGAAGUGUCUCUACAAGCAUGCUGACUUAUAACAUCAAACUUGUUGCAGAAGGAGAAGGGUCUAGAUCUACAAGUGAGAUGCAACGGCGAUUGAGAAGAUCAUUUCCGCAUGAUGAGGAAGAUGAAGAUGUUAUCAGAUUGGAGGCAAGCUUAAGGGAUGUUCAAUCUCAAUUGAUGGUGGAGGAAGAGCAACGCCGUGUUGUUUCUAUAGUUGGAAUGGGAGGACUGGGUAAAACCACACUUGCCAAGGCAUUAUACAAUGACAAUCAUGUGAAGCAGCAUUUUGAUUGUCAUUCUUGGUCUUUCAUAUCUCAGCAGUUCUCCGCAAGGGAUGUCUUGGUAGGGAUUCUGACCGAAGUAACAUCUAAGCAGGAUAAAUUUGACUUGGUAAAGAUGGAAGAGGAAAAGCUUCUGUUGAAGAGGAUAGAAGAUGAAGUGGAUAGGAUAGUGGAAGAGCUGUUUUCUAAAUGGACAUUGAAGCAAAUGAAAAUGCUGAAGGAAGAUCAAUUGUUUACAGAAGAGGAAAAGGUACUUCAAUUCAGGUUGGAGAGGGUAGAAAAAGCAGUGGAUAAGAUGGUGGAAGAACAAUUGUCUAAACCGAUGAUGGAACAAAAUGAAAGAACAAAGGAAGAUCAACUGUUCACGGAAGAGGGAAAGCUUCUUCAAUUGAAGUUGGAGAGGGUAGAAAAUGAAGUGGAUAGGAUGGCAGAAGAACAAUUAUCUAAGAUGAUGCUGAAACAAAAUGAAAGAAUGAACGAAGAUCAACUGUCUAAGGAAAAGGAAACACGUCUUCAACCGAGGUUGCAGAGGGUAGAAAAUGAAGAGGAUAGGAUGGUGGAGGAUCAAUCAGCUAAAUUGAUGUCUAAUCAGAAGAAAAAGGCAAAGGAAGAGCAACAGUCAACAGAAGAGGAAAAGCUUCUUCAAAUGAGGUUGGAGAAAGUAGAAAAUGAUGUGGAUGGGAUGGCAGAAGAAAAAUUGUUUAGAUUGAUGUUGAAACAAAAGAAAAGGAUGAACAAUGAACAACUGUCUAAAUUGGAGCCUGUAAAAAUGGAAGAGAAAAAGAUUCCUCAAAUGAGAUUGGAGGCCAAAGAAAAUGAAGAGGAUAUGCUGGAGGAAGAACAGACAUUUCGAUUGAUGUUGAAUUCAGAGAAAUGGAAGGAGGAAGUCCAAUCGUUUAAAUUGGAAUUGAAACAAAAGAAAUGGAUGGAGGAAGUCCAAUUGUUUAAAUUGCAGUUGAAACCAAAGAAAAAGAUGGAGGAAGUCCAAUUGUUUAAAAUGGGGUUGAAAAAAAAGAAGAUGACUGAGGAAGUCCAAUUGUUUAAAUUGGAGUUGAAACAGAAGAGAAGGAUGGAGGAAGAACAAGUUUUUCAAUUGAUGUUGAAGCAAAUGAAAGUGGCACCCAUGUUUUAUGCGAUUCUGGAAAGGAUGAGUGAAGAAAAACUAGUUGAAACACUUUUUCAAGUGUUAAAGAAGAAGCGAUAUUUUGUGGUCCUUGAUGAUAUUUGGCAGAAUGAAGUUUGGGAUAGCUUAAAACACGCUUUUCCAGCUAAGGGAAAGAAAGGGAGCAAAGUUUUAUUAACCACGCGGAACAAAGAGGUUGCUGCUUAUGCUGAUCCAUGGAGCUCUCCGGUGGAACCACCUCUUUUAACAAAUGAUGAGGCCUGGGAACUUCUCAGUAGGAAAGCAUUCCCAAAAGAUAUUCUCAUCAAAGAUGGCUGUCAACGAGAACAUGAGAGUUUGGGAAGGGAAAUGGUAAAAAAAUGUGGUGGCUUGCCAUUAGCCAUUGUUGUACUUGGAGGGUUAUUGGCAACAAAGAAGACAUUAAAGGAGUGGGAGGUAGUGCGGAGCAAUAUUAAUGCACAAUUCGUUCUGUGGGAACGACAUCAUCAAUACGGGGGAGUCUAUGGUAUAUUAGCUUUGAGUUAUCAUGAUUUGCCUUUUUACUUAAAACCAUUCUUUCUCUAUUUUUCCCAAUUUCCAGAAGACUGGGAGAUUCACAAGAGGAUGUUAAUUAGGAUGUGGGCUGCUGAGGGCUUUUUGUCCCGAGCUUUACUGGGAGGAAAUGAAGCAAUGGAAGAUAUGGGUGAACGAUAUUUGGAAGAGCUCGCAAAUAGGUGCAUGGUUCAAGUGAGCCAAAGGGAUUACACUGGGAUGGGCAUCAAAACAUGUCGCAUUCAUGAUCUGAUGAGAGACAUGUGUGUGCUGAUGGCAAGAAAGGAGAAUUUUCUUGGUAUUUCUGAGCACUACCAUGAGAAUAUUGUGGCACGUCGGAUAGCUGUUCAUCCUAAAAUAUCCCCAGAUUCUGAUCAAUUACAUUCCAUAACCUUGAUGCCAAGCAAUUCACGCCAUCGUUCUUUUUUCUACUUCCUCAAAGAGCAAAGGUAUGAGAUGAAAUUUGACCAUAGAAGUCUUAACUUUGAUGAAUGCAGACUGCUCAGAGUAUUGAAUCUUUGGGGUCUAAAAGUUGAAUAUAUACCGAAUGAAAUCGGCGAUCUGAUUCAUUUGAGGUAUCUUGGGUUAAGAAAUACUAAAGUAUCCAUGGAGGCAGCAUUGCCAACCUCCAUAGGUAACUUGAGGAGCUUAUGUACACUUGAUGUACGAAAUAAUCAGUCACUAAGAUUGCCUGAUGUAGUUUGGAAGUUAAAAAAUUUGAGACACUUGUUUGUAGACUUGCUUAAGAUUCUGGAGUAUUGUCGAAUGGAUACCUUAAGAAACCUAGAAACUUUGAAGUGGGCUCAUCCUGCAAGUCUUAUAAGGAAAAAUGCAAUGCACAAAUUGACUAAUCUUCGAAAUAUAGCAAUAGGUUUCAACAAAAGGGAGGAAAUUGAUUUGGUUAUGAAAUCUCCAAUUUUUUCAAAAGGUAGCCUGCAUUCUUUGAAUAUACUGGCAAGGGAAAGCUCAUUUCCAAGUUUGGAGCCACUUUCACAUUGUCAAUCCUUGAAGAAGCUAGAGUUACGUGGAGAGAUACCAGAACAUCCAAGUUCUCUCCAUCACAACUUGGAAUUUCUUCCAGUAAGCCUCAAUAAGUUAAUUUUGAGUAAUUCUGGGCUAAACCAGGAUCCCAUGAGUUUUCUACAGAAGCUGCCUAAUUUGAGCUUUUUACACUUGGAAGAUAAGUCGUACAAAGGGACAAAAAUGGGCUGUUCUGCUCAUGGUUUCCCUCAACUUGAGACUCUUAAACUUGAAGGGCUUGGAGUACAAGAAUGGAAAAUAGAGGAGGGUGCAAUGCCUUGCCUCAAGAUUUUGCACUUAGAAAAGCUGCAGGAAUUGGAGAAAAUCCCAGAAGGAAUAGAAUUCAUCACCAAACUCCGAGAACUGAAAGUCAUUAACAUGAAAAAAAAAUUUGCAAGGAAAAUUCAAGUGAUACAUGGAGUUGAAGGAGAGGAUUUUGACAAGGUGAAACACAUAUCCUCCAUCUCAGUUUCCACGACAAUCUAACACUACUCGCCUGACAUCAUCAAAGGUGGUUCAUUCUUGGGUAAACUGUGAUUCUUGGCCUCAAAGUUAUGGGAGAAGUCUUACUCAAUGGAAAGGAUAUGAUUGCAUGCAGCUCCAACUAUGGAAAGUGUUGUGUGGAUCAAGGAGAAAGGUGAUGAAUUUUCUGUUCAAAUUAUGUGGAGUAUUUGAUUUGAUGAAGGAAAUGUUCUAAACUCAAUGAAUUGUAAGUGUAUUAGAACUUGUUUCUAGGUAACUCCAUUCAAUGCUUGUGGGUCUUAUUGAGUUAUUGUGUUUGAAUAAAUUUAGAAAUUCAAAUAUGAUCUUUCAAUAUUUUCUGUAUUUGUGAGACACUAUUUAAUUAACUGUACUCCACUACUACUGGUUCAUUGGGCAA